UAUUGCGCAUAUUAUAUAAAUGUAUAAAUGUGGAAAUGUAUCAAACACAUAGUUAAUACGUAUUUAAUAAUAUAUAAUAAGAUGGCGUACCGCAGUAGCGUCAGUAUAACUUAAAGAAAUCAUAAAUGGAUAGUUUUUGACAUGUUUUCUGUAUUCGCGGUUAUUAUCUGAAGGACAUAAAACGUCACAUUAACAUCUUGUUUGAUGUUGACAACAAAUGUCUUAUUUCUCUACAACGUUUCAGAGGAACGAUUCAUUUGCGUUUUUGUAAUAUGAUAGGAAUGGUCACAUUCAGUAAAGAAAAGAAAUCUCAGUGAACUCUCAAUAAUUCUUUAGUUAGAAAAGCUUAGAAAAUUAAAAGCUAGUGAAAAAUAAUUUAAAGUAAUAAAUAUUAGUGAGUCAAAGGUUAUACAACAAUAAAUAAUUUUUAUAUAAUAAUAAAAUAUCAUGGAUAGAAAAGAUAACUAUCAUAUUUCUUCGAGGCACAAGAGACGAUUAGCACAAGAAGAAACAGAAAAAGAUUUGUUGCUAGCAUCGACAUCAAGCAGUGGUGCAACUUAUUUUGAACCAUCGGUCGAAUCUAUAAAAAAAUGCCGAAUUGAAAAUGAUCCAUCAGUUUCAUCUUCUUCUAGUGACCAGGAGCACAUUAAUCAAUAUUCACCAAACAGUGACAACAAUGAUAACGAAUUAUUGUCAGAUGAAAUACAUAACUCAUCAGAAGUGGUCACAGACGAUGAAAAUUUUGUUGAUUCCGAAGAACAAGAAGAAAUGCAACCGUUAUCGUUUGACUCUGAUGAUUCGAGUGACGAUGCAGACAUGGAUAUUGAAUAUAUUGACGAUGAAGAUGAAAGACGCAAGAACGCUUCUAAAAACACCUAA